AUGAAUGCUAGGCGUCGUCCGUUGCAUACAUGUGGAGUCUCUUUCCUGGAAAUCGCUCGCAAAGCUUAUACAGAAGCCCAAGAAUUCAAUGGACCAUUAGGUUUAGUGACAAAGAAGAUAAUCAGGUUAGCUUCAUUUGCUUCCGUUCUUGUCUAUGUCCUGCGAUACGAGUAUCUCUUCUUGGCAAUCCUCUCUUUUGUGGAUGAUCAUGUUAUAUUAACCCUUGAAAGAAAGGCCGAGGCUUCGUUCCCACCAUCAAAAUAUGUGUUCAACAAGGUUGAUAAGCUCGUCCAAAUCGUAGAAACCCUUCCAGCAAAAUUUGAUAUUGCUGUUAACAAGUUUCCCAUUAUUAUCCACCAAAUUCCACUUCUAGAUUGGGCAUUGUCGUGUGCUAUCUCAUGGCUGAACUUUUGGGUAUCUAUCCUGACUCAUUGGGGAUCAGAAACUACCAAAGAAAAGGAGAUUGUGAUCGAUAUAAACUGUAACGACAAUAGUGUUGAACAACCAUGUGUUCGUGAAGCAGAUAAUAACAUAAUAGACUUCCAAAAUCAUGAUAGCAAUGAAACAAAGGAAUGUUUCAGUCCCAUAUCUGCAACGUCAUGUUCGGAAACGGAGAUAGGUAGUCCGAAAGUUAUGAGAGGCACAUACAAGGACGCACUGAAGAAAGUUGUUAAAUGCACCUAUAAGGCUGCACUAGAGAAGGGGAAAGGUGAAAGCAUACAAAACACAGAGGAAAGCCCAAAGCAGAUGAUCCAAUCCACUGUUAGCAGAGAAGCAACUAGUCUUAAAGGUGAUACAAAUGAAAGCACGAAAGAGAGAGAAUGUAUUGCUGAGGAGGAGACAGAAGAAGCCAGUGCUAGCAAGGAAGCAAAUGGGGAAGAAGGGGUUCAUAGUCCGGUCAUGGAAGGUGAUCCAGUCAGUUUACCAGCAAAUAAAACACCGGAAAGCAUCAGCAAGGAAGAUCCUAUUUUAGCACUAUUUGAAUCUGCUUGGCACAUAUAA